AUGAUGGCUAAGAACGUUUUGGUAACCGGCGGUGCUGGAUACAUCGGUAGUCACACGGUGCUUCAACUGCUUACCGGCGGUUACUCCGCCGUAGUUGUCGAUAAUCUCGAUAAUUCCUCAGCCGUCUCUCUCCAGCGCGUGAAGAAACUCGCCGCUGAACACGGCGACCGUCUCUCCUUCCAUCAGGUGGAUCUCCGAGACAGGCCUGCUCUUGAGAAGAUUUUCUCAGAAACAAAGUUUGAUGCAGUGAUACACUUUGCUGGACUUAAAGCAGUGGGUGAGAGUGUAGAGAAGCCUUUGCUGUAUUACAAUAAUAAUGUUGUUGGGACUAUUACGCUUUUAGAAGUUAUGGCUCAAUACAACUGCAAAAAUCUUGUGUUUUCAUCAUCAGCCACUGUUUAUGGCUCACCAAAAGAAGUUCCUUGCACAGAGGAGUCUUCAAUUUCUGCAUUGAACCCAUAUGGACGUACAAAGCUAUUCAUUGAGGAGAUCUGCCGUGAUGUAUACUGGUCUGACCCGGAAUGGAAGAUCAUAUUGCUUAGGUAUUUCAAUCCUGUUGGUGCACAUCCUAGUGGUGAAAUUGGUGAAGAUCCUCGUGGUGUUCCAAACAAUCUAAUGCCUUUUGUGCAACAAGUCGCUGUUGGAAGGAGACCUCAUCUCACUGUCUUUGGAAAUGAUUACAACACAAAAGAUGGAACAGGGGUUCGAGAUUACAUUCAUGUUAUUGAUUUAGCUGAUGGACACAUAGCCGCUCUGAGGAAGCUAGAAGAUUGCAAGAUUGGUUGUGAAGUGUACAAUCUUGGAACUGGAAAUGGAACAUCUGUUCUUGAAAUGGUUGAUGCUUUCGAAAAAGCAUCCGGGAAGAAAAUUCCUCUGGUGAUUGCUGGACGUCGUCAAGGAGAUGCUGAAGUUGUCUACGCAUCAACGGAAAGAGCAGAACGUGAAUUGAAUUGGAAGGCUAAAUACGGGAUCGAAGAAAUGUGCAGGGACUUGUGGAACUGGGCUAGCAAUAAUCCUUAUGGAUAUGAUUCCUGA